AUGCGACCCCUGUCGCGCUCAGCAUCUGGCGGUCGCGAACCGUCGCCGUACGUCAAGCAAUGUUUGAUCGGUCGUUUCGACAGUCGGUCGUCGUCUUGCGAUCUUUGCGAGAGUAUUGCUUCGCCACGAUACACCAUAUUCUUAUACUCGUUAACAUGCGAAUUGAGCCAAAUGGUGCAGCGUUCGCAGACGGAUACAUCGCGUGAGAGCCUUGAGGCUUCGAUAACGUUCAUGAAUGGCAACAGCACCGAACAGGAAAAUUAUACAAUGUUGAAAGUUGUGCCAGAUUCCCAAAAAUGUCUCAAUAAGGAGAAUCGCUCAUUGCUAGCACAAAUCAGUGACGUGAUGAACAACUCACGUGUGGAAGUGGUAGUCGAGAAGCUACUUCGAGAAAACCAAAAACUCCAGAACGAACUUGAGGAAGCAAGAGCAUAUGUCGAUCAAGUUGAUGUUGAAGCCGAACAACAGUACAGUGAACUGUCUUCGGAAAUAGCAGAGCUGUGCGACUUGGUGGAGAAAAAGGAUCAUGAAUUGAUAACACUGAAAGAAAAGGAUGAGCUGGAUAGCGAGAGGGAUAAAUCAGCACAUCUUGUCAAAGAAAAGGAGACAUUACAGGAGGAGUUGAAUUCGAUCAGAAAGGCAGUAGAAGCAGAGAAAGGCGAAGCUUUAGCUAAAGAUGUCUUGCUAUCAAUCGAAAUUGAAGAUAUGCAGCGUGAACUCGAAAAACAGAAGGAGAUACUGGCCAGUACAAGCAUUGCACAAAUAGUCGAUCGAGUUCGUUAA